CUGACUCUGAUCAGGUACCUGAACGCAGCGCACACCUGUCUCUCAUUAGGACUCAGUCACCGCCGGCCUAGCAUCGAUGCUAAUAAACACAACAUGCUUUCAUUUGACGGAAUUACAAAGAAAAUGAGCUCCUUAGAGUUUUCGUUCAUCUUUUUAUUACUGAGUCAUCUUUUGAUUUCGUUUGGACGCAGUGAUGAUAUUUCCUUCUCAAUAUGCUGGAUGGCCAAAGACGAUAUUUUGGAGCGUCAAAACGGGAACAUAUGGCUGAAUGAAACAUCUGUAAAAUCCAUCAACAAGGUGGGUAAAUUAACCUCACUGACAGUGUCUCCAGCUGUGGAAACGAAGCUAACAGUUCAGUAUGGAGGCGCAGUUCAGGCAUGGACCUUCAGUAUCAACCCAAGUACACAUUUCACUAAAGUUCGAGGCCUGCGGGAACCAGAAACCAACCCAGCAAGUUUCACUAAGGGCGUCCUGGAUACAUUGAGCUCAGACGAGGUGUUUGCGUGUGAAGACGGUACCAUAUUUUUUCUCCAGGAUGAACACUUCUUCCUUGCAAUCGGUCACACUCGCCGUCUCCCCCUGAAGCUGGCAUCCAGGACCCCAUCCUCACUGGAUGUGUCCUGGGUGGAGAGCCAACAAGGUUUCGGCAGCAGCCACACUUUGACCCUGUACCACACUGAACAGGGUUCCUAUAAGAUUCUAAGCACGGACAUGACCACCAGCAGCAACUACCACUUCACAGCUUUGGACUCCUGCAGCCUGUAUAUGGCCUGCGUGGAGAUCACAGGAACACAGUCCUUCACCUGUCUCUCCACUAUUACAGACCCUGACGUUCCCAAAGACUUGAAAGUCUCAUCGUGGAACAGCCGCAGCAUAACUUUAUUGUGGGACUUUCCUAAGAACCACAAGUUCUCCCUCUUCUUCCUCACUGCCUUCUACUUGAAUGGUACAAACCACAUCAUCCAGAAGGUGCGUCACUGGCACAAAGAGGACGACUUUGUGUUCACCUUGUCAGACCAAGAGCCCUGCAGCAGGGUUACGUUUGGCCUGCAGACAGUCUGUCAGGCAGGGAUGGAAACACGCUACAGCAAGAUGGUCUUUAACGAUGGAAACUCUGUUCACUCCAGCAUCCAGGCCUUGCGUCAGUCAUCGUUUGGCCCGGACAACUACACCCUGAGCUGGCAGGUGAGGAACACCUCGUCCAUCUCCAUGUUCAGAGUUUACCAUGAGGGGGAGCUGCAGGGAACUACAUUCCUUAAUGACUACACUGUGGAGGGUCUGAAGCCAUGUCAGCAGUACCAGGCCAAAGUGGAGGCGCUGUGUGGAGACAGCGUUAUCAUGAGCACCAAGACCAUUGAAACACACACAGGACCUCGUGGCAUAUCAGAGCUCAGCUAUCGCUCCAAUGACUCCACUGCCAUUUGGAUAUCCAACACCAUGAACCAGCGAGCUGUGGCCUUCCUGUAUGAGCUGUCUUUGGAGAAUGGCCCAACCAUCAAAAACAGCAGAGUGUUCGACACAGAGCUCCAUCUCCCUGCGCUGGAAGAAGGGAAGACCUAUGUCCUGGACGUGUGGGAGGAAUGUGAUGGACAGUGGGAGUCUGAACGCUCUCAUUUGUGUUUUGAAGGAACAAAUUCGUCCUCUGGGCUCCUUGUGAGGGCGGCUGAAUCUGCUCUGGACCUAGAACUACAGAUCGAUAUUUCAGGGAUGGGUCUCACCAUUGUCCUGCCCUGGUCUCUGCCUGAGGAUCUGCAGGAUGACGCGUCUGAACCAAGAGCCAAAAUGGGGGAGAUUUUCAAAGAUAGGCUUCAGGAGCUUUUGCAGGACUUCAGUCAUCCAGCUCGUGUUGAGAUCACCACCUUUGAACCUGCAGACAAGCCAGACCAAAUGGAGGUUCUGUUUAUGUCAUUUAAUGCAUCCAAAAGUGAUGAGGAUGUUCCUCUGUCUGUGGAGGAUCAGCUGGAGUACAUUCACUCUUUAAAUACAACAAACUUCUCUGUCACAGACGGGGUCAUUCACUGGGACGGUCCUGAUCUUUGUGCCUCCUCCAAACACAAGUUGUGUCCUCAUCACUCUCUGUGCAUCAACACUUUGGGCUCCUUCAUUUGCAUUUGCCAACACGGUUUCUAUGAUGUGAGCUCUGUCAUCAAACCUCGUGCUGGUUUACAUCCACAGUGCAAUGAGAAAGGCCUUUUCAGCCAGUGUCUGGAUAAACUGGUGACUGGAGGAAUUGCAAAACCUUACCUGACAUCUCACCUGGGCGGAAAGGUGGAUGUGAAGCUGAACGAUGGGCGGUGCUCAGUAAAGGAAAGCGAGACCUUUUACUACUUCAACACGUCACGGAAAUUCUCUGAAUGUGGAACAGAAAGACGAGUUAAUAAAACCCACAUUGAGUACCAAAACAGCCUGGCUGUAUCGCUGACUACAGAGCACAUCAUCAGCCGAAGGGAUCUCAAAGUUGUCUGGAAGUGCGUCUACCCUCGACAUUAUAUUCGCAACGCUCAAGUCGGUGUGGAUAUGGAGUGGCUCUCCUCUCAUGCCCUGGUAGAGUUUAACUCAUCGCUGCAGCUCGGCCUGACCAUGGGCCUCUUCACUGAUCUGUCGUACACCAACAACUAUACGGAUGCCAUCAGCCUGGAGCCCGAGGACACGCUGUUCUUUCAGGUGGAGCUGCAGACACACAACACUUUUGCCUCAGACGUCCUGCUGCAGGUCGACUCAUGCUGGGCCACUGAGAGCACUGACCCGCAGGACAUGGUGCAGGGUCUUCUUCUUCAGGAUGGCUGUCCUGUUGACCACACCCUGCACUGGCUCUCUGUAAACGGUGCAGCCCAGCAGAGCAGAUUUUCUGUCCAGAUGUUCUCCAUGCCUCAGCGGCUGCCGAUCUACAUCCACUGCCUGGCCAACAUAUGUGGACACCAUGAGGACUGUACAAAGAAUUGCACCAAGGAGCAGCGCAGAAAAAGAUCAGUGAGUUGGAUAGACAGAACGGGGAAACAAGCCGCUGUCGUGUCUGCUGGACCUCUGCUGAUCAACAGGAGGCUAAAAACACAAGUGUCACCAUCUUACUGGGAAGAGCACAUGACGAUGAUCUUCAUCAUGGCUGGAUCAAUCGGCUUUUUGGGAGUUACUGUACUCUCAGUGAUUGCAACCAAAGCAAUCAUGACCUACUAUGAAAGAUUAUGACUACAAUAAAGUGUUUUUUACACCCUC